AUGAGUACUUCAAAAGUUCGGACAGGCCUGGGCGCUGCUGCGGCGGUGAACUGCACCGAGUGCUGGGAUGGUGGCUUUGCCCUGAGCGAAUCCUGCUGCAAGGCGUGCCCAGCUCAGUGCCCUUCAGGCAACUGCACCUGGAUGCAUUCGCAGGGCUACAAGUGUUUUGAUCCGACGAAGGAGGUGGCUUGCUACACUGGCACGGACCACCGAAUCUGCGAGAAGUCGCAGGUCUGCCCCUCAUGCGGAUCGUGCAGUGGUGCCCGAGUGCGCCGCACGGAGUGCGGUACCUGUCCUCCAGGCCAGCGGCCGGACGAGUCCCACUGCAACUGCGUAUCCGAGCAGCUAGCGACCAAUCACAUCGUGGAUGUGGGCAACCAUGCCUGCCCGACCAGCAUGGCUCCGCUCAACUCUAGCAAGGAGUGCGCGGCUGCGGCCGAGGUGGUUUGGCCCGGCCGCGGCUGCUAUGGGCUCGGCUGGAAGGAGAUUGUACAGACGCCGGCGGAUGGCCGUCAGUAUCCGCAGGGAUGCAUGUUCGAGGAAGCUGCUGGCGGAGGCUGCGCGCUUCUUUUCAACCCCGGUGGCCAGGCCGAGAAGUGUCCAGAUGGAAGUACCUGCAGUGUUCUGUGCAGCGACACGAGCUGUGUGGCAGUUGGAAAGCCGUGCGACCCGAAGAACAACGCGUGCUGCAAGGACCCUGUCGGUGUUCCGAUGCAGUGUGUCUCCAUGGGGGCCGGCCCUGUCUGCAUCUCGGGUGAGGUGCUCCAUGGCAUCGUCGUCUGA